GUAACAUAAAAAGAGGAACUCCAUUGUCUUCCACUCUUCCUCCCCUCACUCUGAUCAGCUGCUCUUCUCCCUUUCACUGAGACUUUAUACUCGAUCAGUCUGAAUCGUCGAAUCAAAUCGAUCCAACGAUGGAGACCAACAACUGCAUGUCCAUGCUGUCGUGUGUGGGCACCAACGUCGCCUUCGCCUUCUUCGCCUCACUGGAACGCUGCUCCUGCAUCAAUCUCAACACUGCCGAUUUUGACGACGACAAUCACAACAUCACCAACGACGACGACCACCGUGCUCUUUUCCUCUCCUCCUCCUCCUCCAGGCCAACUGCCGGGUCCCACCAAGACCAGCCCAUCAAGCCCGCCGCCACCACCACCCACCACCGCCUCAGCGACGGCGUUUCAGCUUGAUACAACCACUCACUCGUAGCGGCUCUCACGUACGGUGAAUAUUACAAGAAGAAAUUUAUGUGCUUUAUGCUUUCUGGGUUAUCUGUAAUUUGUGUCUCGUGCGAAUUGGAAUUGUAUUCGGAUUUGGUGUGGCACUUUUGGAAGUGAAAUGAAUUUGGGAAUUUUUGAUGA